UCACGAUAAUGUCGGGCACGAGUUAUCGUUCGAUCCUCUCGAUCCAUUGAAAGAGACGUGUCGUGCAUUCACAAUUUCCCAAAAGCUUACAAUAUUGAUCCGGCGAGAAAUUUUCACGGUUUUUCUGGAAAUGCCGGGACAACUGGAGGAGGUGAGGGGUAAGCGCGCCACCUUCGGAAUGGGCUGCUUCUGGGCCGGAGACUCCCUCUUCGGGGUGACGCCGGGCGUCAUCAGGACCUGCGUGGGAUACGCCGGCGGGGAAAAGGAAUCGCCCACUUACAAGGAGAUAGGCGAUCAUACGGAGGUGAUUCAUCUCGAAUACGAUCCCGAAGUGAUAUCUUAUUCACAGCUGCUCCAUUUGUUUUGGAACAACCACGAAUACGGACUUACAACUAAGAUCAAACGUCAGUACAUGUCCCUCGUUCUGUAUCACGACGAGGAGCAGCGCGGCAUCGCCGAGAAGUCGAGAGGGAACAUGGAGCGCGAACAAGGACAACGCUUGGUCACGACGAUCAAGCAGUUCAAGAAAUUCUACCCCGCCGAAGACUACCACCAAAAGUACCGGCUGCAGAGUCAUCCAUGGCUGAUCGAGACCGUGGGCCUGACAACAGGAGAGGUUCUGCGAAACUCGCCGUUGGCGGCGAAGCUGAACGGCUAUAUCGCCGGGGCCGGCACGUACGAGCAGUUCGAGGAGGUCUUGCCUAGUUUGGGCCUGAGCGAAAAAGCUGUCCAGUACCUGACCAAGUACGUCAUCGAGAACCAGGGCAACGGUCUCUACUGCUAGCGCCGACUUCCGGGGAUAUCCUGGAGCUAACGGUUAGCCGGGAAGAGGAGUUCGAUGAGAUGGGAUGAUGAACUUUGAACUCGUAGACCUAUUUCCUAGGACGUAGGCCGAACCUCGAACAUUCGCUUUAUUCUCUAAAACGAGAAAGCGCGGGGCUGGAGCUCGCUCACCCCGAAUGCGGUCAACUCUUUGGUUAACCGUGCAAACACUCAAAUGUACCACCUGGAACGCUCGCCGCGACUUUUCGCCCGCGGCAAGUGAGACUUACCGUUAGUCGAGGGAAACGGGAAACGGGAAACGGGAAACGGGAAACGGGAAACGGGGAAUGGAGACGCUCCGUCAUUUUCGAUCCGAGUCUGGGAGCAAUCCAUUCCGGGUGUUAUCACGAGGCAAGGAGCGGCGGGCGUUCCGACCCUCAUCUACUAGUGCAAGAAAUAUGUUUAUGCUCGUCUAUUCGGCCCAUGCGCGUUCCGCCUACUCUAUGAGAAAAAGUUGCUUUUCUUGACAUUCGCGGUGCAGCACCAAGGUUACUUUUAAUUGAUUAGUAAGAUGCGUAACAGGACUGUGCACCGAGGAGUGAGAAUUGCUUCACCGUUGGCUACCCCGGGCGAGCGGUCCAGUAUUAUUAUAAUCGAGUGCGGGCGAUAAGUAGAUCUGUACUUGCAGAGUUACGAUCGAGCGUCGAAAUGUUAGGGAGAGGUAAGACGGUCAGUUACGAACUCUAGGUGUAUAAUUUGCGAAGACGAUCGCAUCGUGGCGAUUGCGGAUCGACUUGGAAUCCGUUAAAUGCGUAAUUCUAGCUCGACAUGGGCGGAGAACACGUGUAACCCGCAAUCUCAGUAGCCGAUGACGAACACGGGGGAAACCGCGCCCAUUAUCUUAAAAUAUAAUUGGUGCACCAUUAUUGGCUACUCGCGCCUGUGCGAAGUUAGCAUAACGCGUAACAGCGUCGAUAGCCAAUCAGAGCUUACCAAUUCGGUUAUAAAGUGAUGAACGCGGUGUCUAUGCCAGGUCGACACAACUUGUAUUUUUGCAGAAGAACCGCAAUGGGAGAAACGUAAUAAAGAGUCCGAGGAACACGAGGAAACGGUAAUAAUUAAAUUGCAGUUUCUAAAUAUUCCAUCGCAUGACCAUUACGGUCGUAUCGGUGAAAUUCAAUGCUAUUAAUUUCAUCGUAAAUGUCAACACGAGCAUUUAUCGUUAGAAAAGUUGGAAUGAACACCGGCCACGAAACUAUUCGCUGGUAUUGGUAAAGUAUUACCUUGUAAAGUAUUACGCAACGUCGCCACGAUGGUACAGAAACCGCCCUCCGAUGGAGCCUUCCGUAACGUUGAAACGAAAUUGUCAAGUAAUGCAGGGUCGUAUGCGUAUGACACACCUUUAUCGUAAGUUGAGCAAUUUGACGACAAAGAAAGAUCUGCAAUCCCGAAGGGAGGCGGAAAAGUGAGAAGAAAGCAACUAUGUGGGCUCGUGCGCGAAAGCAACCCGCUAAAAUAAAACGGGGGUCGUUACGUGCAAGCAUUCGCCGAGUCGCGUUUCAAUCAGUGAAUUUUCCGGUGGAAUACCGAGUCGGAUCGACCGACGUUAACUGUUCCAAAGAAGAUACCUUAGAGAGUGGCGAUCACGAAAGGCUUCCCACCGCGUGUUUCCGCCGGAUAGGGGAAGGCAUCGCGGCCGUCCUCGUAAUUGCAGAAUUCUCAAUAUUCCGUGUACUCUUAUGCGAUGCUCGUUCAAUUCUAAAGCGCCACGUUGUAACGAGAGGCACUUCUCAAGGUUGCUUCUCCUGCAAACGAUCGAGCUCCUUGUACUUAUUUAAGCCUAGACCAAAAUAGUGCGAUGAUUCUGCGGGGACUGGGUAGAUUCGCGUUAUUCUCGUUCCGGAUGCACCGCACACCGACCGAUAACGGCGACGAAUAAACGACAAUUAAGUCGUAAUCGCAACAUUCGCGUGGGAUGGUUGGUUCGGUGGUAUCGCGUCGAAUAAGAACCGGACAUGUCGAUUCUUAUCGUUUGACGUUGACACGUAACCUUGACUAAUCGAUACUGGAAUUCAUCCACAUAGAUAUCUACUAUCGUACAAUCGAAUCACUUACCGUUGUAUAAUCGCAGUUGUAGUCAUAAUUGGAAAGAGCGAUACUUGAAUGAAAACGUUGUACACCGUGCAACUUAGGUUUUGAUCCUGCAAUUUUCCACCAACGAGUUUUUAAUCGCUCUGGUGACCGAGUAAGGCCUUACGUAUCAACCAUCUUCAAAUCUGUCAACGAAUCGAGUUGAAAUUGAAGAAAAUCAUUGCUUCAGGCUCCUUAGGGUGCGGGUUAUAUAGUUAUGUUUAUCUAUCCGUUUGCAGUACGUAAAGCUGAAUUACACCUUUCGGUGAAUCGAGAUAAAAGUUUGUAAUCCAUUCAAUUUGCGUUCGUUAAAGCUUUGGGAGUGUUUUCCUCUCGAGUCAAAAUAUAAAGGUCUGCGGCGAGUUCGCGGUACGUUUGAAUCUUGACAUCGAUCCAUCGACGGUCCGCGGCGAUUUCGGAUCAUAUCCGUGAACGCGUAACGAACCUAAUUGUUCGCUAAACGGGUCUCUUUCUGACCUGCUCCGAGCUUGUUUAAAUUCGACUAGGUCGAUUGUUUGAACAUGGCAAUCAGAAAUUGGGUUCCCGUGCGUGGUAUCCACGUUAGGAAAUAAAAUAUUACAAAUUUGCGUAAAUAUUUAUAUAAAAGUGUAGACAACCGUAAUAGGAGGUCUUGCCAUAAAAGCAUAAUAAAGAACAUCGUUUGCACAACCCUGA